CUUUAAUAAACGAAAUGUUUUGACUGAUGUAUCUCUAAUAAUAGGAGGACUAAAAUAAGAAGCCAUCGAAUUAGACCACAGAAUUACGAACAACCGAUAUUUAAAGCACAGUCCAUUUCCACCCUUGUUGAAGAACUGGACUCGAUUCUUUUGUUUCUUUGUCGUUUCUUCAGAAGGAACGUGAUUUACAGAGCUCUGUUUUAUUUCACAUUCAUCAAUCUGAUUCGAUUCGGAGGAGCUACAGGAUUGAGCAAGAGAAAAAUAAGGUACUUUUCUUGCACCAAUUUCGCUGCACUCAAGGGAAAAAAGAACGCUUAGGGUUUGAAGGGCAACAACCACAAAAUUCUUUCACUUUUGUUGCACUUAAGAAAAUAAAGUUCGUAGGGUUUGAAGGGCAACGCUCACAAAAUUUUUCUGCAUUUUUGUUGCAUUCCACGCUUUGAACUGAAAAAGAAUUGCCCAAUUGAAAAACAAAAAGCCAUUUUGUAGAAGCCCACAAUGUUGUCAUCACCUGGAAAUUCACCUCGGCAUAUAUUGCCAUCGCCCUCACCCUCCCCAUCUUGCACGCCCAGAAUUCAAAAGGGCCCUGUGAGGGCGUUGAUUGUUGGGCCUCCCUCUUCCAAGAAGAGAAAAAGCUCUCAGACUGUAUUAGACGAAGACACCUAUGUGGCUGCCAUAGAAAAAAUUAUUGAGAGGGAUUAUUUUCCCGAUCUACCAAAGCUUCAUGACCGCUUAGAUUGGCUUGAGGCCGUCCGCAGCGGCGACCCUAUGCAAAUUAGGGAUACACAGUUGAAAAUUAUUGGGAGAAGGCAAGCUAGGAUUUCUGGAUUUUCCGAAGGGCACGAUCAGCUUGUGACGCCCACGACCUCGGUUCGAAACCCAUUUGAGACACCUACCAUGGAACCUUCACCUGCCCUCACAGUGGGCGACUCAGUCAGGUCCAUGAGGUCCCCCAGCCUAAACCCUAACUCGAAUCUUCCCCUGGAGCCUUUAUCUGAGGAUCGGGGUUUGGAGGGCAUUGAUACCUCGUUGUCACUGGAUGAUUUUCUAAAACGGCACACAAGUGAGGACAAUGAAAGCUUUGGUAAAAUUAUUGAGAAAGUGAACAAGAGGAGGGGGGAGAAAUUGAAGUAUUUGCAAGAUUCAGGAUUGCCAUCAUCGUCGCCAUUGCAAAUUGGUCAUGAGAAUCGUGAUAGGAUCACAGAUGGAUAUGGCACCUCAGGGCAGCCUGAGAGCACACUGGAUUCGUGGAAUAAUACUCCGAAGAACCUCUUGAUGUAUGAUUCUGCGAACAGGGAGGAGGCAACAUUGACGACUGCCGAAAGGGAAGAGAGAUUGAUGGCACUUACAAAGGAAAUUAAGCAGAAUAAUACACGGUUUCAUGGAAAUGUGUUUGAUUCCAGGCCCAAGGAGGAGGAUACAGUGGCUAUAUUGUAUGCUCCUGUUGUGGGAUCCACUCCUGCGUCAUGGCCUUUUGCGGAGAGAGAUGCAGAGAGGGCAAGGAAAAAGUAUGACUUGGAAGAUCUCAGAAAAACACCAUCUCAAUUGCUUUUGGAUGAGAAAGAUAAUUCAAAGAAGGGAGUAGCAGGUUACAGUUUUGUAAGAACUCCUUCACCGGCUCCAGGGGUGGAUGAAUCACCUUUUGUUACAUGGGGAGAAAUUGAAGGGACACCAUUGAGGUUGGAGACAGAGGAUACGCCUGUUGGUAUUGGUGGUAGUGGUGAUGGGCCACAUUUCAAGAUUCCAAAUCCUCCGUCGAGAGAUGUCAGGGCUUACAAUCUUUCAAGGGAUGCAGCUAGAAAUCUCAGGGAGAAGUCUAGGCUUUACCAAAAGCCACCUCGUGUUCCCACUCCAACAAAGAAGGGUUCUAUGAGCCCCAGCUUCAAUGCACUUUCACCUGCUGCGCAGAAGUUUGUGAGGAAUGCUAUGGCAAAAUCAUCCAACACUGUGGAUGCAACAUUGAGAGCAAGCUACCGGGCAAGUACAACUCCAGGCACUCCAAAAAUGGCCAGGAAUGCUGUAAGAUUUGAAAAAGAGGGUAGUUUGCCUUUCAGACCGUCACCGCUUCAGGAAGGCAGUGUUUCUGCAAGAUCACCUACUCCUGAUGCUUGAGGUUGAAAUUUACAAUAUAGAUGUGACUUGCUGAUGGCUCAGUAUUUUUGUGGAGAUUGGGAUUUGUCUUAGCAAAAUUAGUCAUCAUUUCCCUUAAGGAAUGGGUACAUUGUAGAUUGUAUGCACCUCCAUAUGUAUUUUUAUAAUAUACUCUUUUCUGAUCAAUGUUACAGGGCGACACUGCCUGUGUUCAGGUAUAACUUUUGAACUAUUUUUCUUAUAAUUGAGAAGGAGUUGGAGAAAA